AUGUCGACUGAAUAUGAGAGAAUCUAUCUAAAUCAGUCCAAAUUACCCGGCAGAAUGAGACUUGCCGAGUCUGGACUAGGUUGGAAGGCCCAGACAUUGCCAGGUUCAACGGCAAAAACCUCUCCAUUUUUGCUCCCAACAGAGGAAAUAUUGACAACAUCCUGGUCACGUGGUUCAAGGGGAUACGAGGUUUGCAUUGAUACCAAAAACCGUGGUGUAGUGAUGCUGGAUGGGUUUGGCAAAGAAGACUUUGCAUCUUUGAAGAGAGAACUAGAGAAAUUUUUCGACAUACAGUUGGAGCAGAGGGAGCAUUCAUUGAGAGGAUGGAAUUGGGGAAAGACACAGUUAGCGAGAAAUGAAUUGGUGUUUAAUGUGAGUAAUAAGCCUGCUUUUGAGAUCCCAUAUUCUCAGAUUGCCAACACGAACAUGACGGGAAAGAAUGAAGUCUCAGUUGAGAUGGAUCUGGUAGACAAGUCCGAAAUAGAAAAGGCAGGUGAUGAAUUGGUUGAACUCAAGCUUUUCAUCCCUGGAAACAUGGAGAAGGACGAGGUUGAAGAAAUAAACAAGAAGGAGGAAGAAGAGCAGAGCAAGACAGAUAAUGGAUCUAAUACAACAAGCGACAAGAUUGUUCCUUUGCGGACCAAAGCUCUAUAUUUCUACGAUGAGCUAAAGGAGAAGGCAGACCUUGGACAAGUUGUUGGAGAGAUGAUCGUUUCAUUUGGCGAGGUUCUAUUUUUGACUCCUAGAGGAAGAUAUGACAUCGACAUGUACGAUUCAUUCCUCAGACUGAGAGGUAAGACAUACGAUUAUAAGGUUCAGUACAAACAGAUUCAGAGAAUAUUCUCGUUGCCUAAAGUGGAUGGAUUGCAUCAGCUUCUAAUUUUACAAGUCGACCCACCAUUACGUCAGGGUCAGACUAAAUACUCAUUUUUGACGCUUCAGUUCGACAGUCAGGAGGAGAUAGAAGUUGAGCUCAACUUGGAUGAUGACGAAUACGAAAAGAAGUGGAAGACUCGUCUAAACAAAACAUAUAGUAACUACACGUACAUGGUUUUGACAAGUAUCUUCAAAGGCUUUACUGACCGCCGUGUUGUGGUUCCAGGAUCGUUCCUGACAAAGGAUUCGGAUGUGGCUAUCAGCUGUUCAGUUAAGGCGAACGAGGGCCAUCUCUAUCCACUCGAUAAGUGCCUCAUCUUUGUUACGAAGCCAACAAUUCUACUUCCGUUUUCUGACGUUCAUGAAGUUGUGUUUUCUAGAGUUGACACUGCUGGUACACACAAAACGUUUGACAUGGAGGUGGUUCUCAAAUAUGGAGGCGGAUCGCACACAUUUGGAAACAUUGAUAGGAAGGAGCAAUCUGCCCUGGAGACAUUUUUGAAGACUAGAAACUUGAGGGUGAGAAAUGAUGAAAAGAUUGCUCAGGAAAUGAUGGCAGCUGCUCUGGCGGAUGAUGAUGAUGAUGGAGAUCUUGAUUUGGGAUCUGCUGAUGAGGAUUCACCAGACGAGGACUUUAAACCUGGUGAUGAGAACCAAGAAGAUGAUGACAUUGCGGAGGAAUAUCAGUCUGACGUUUCUGCCAGCGGUGAAGACGAUGAUGAAGAUAUGGAGGAUGAGGAGCCGGAGAGAAAGAAGCACAAGAAAUAA